GGUCUUCUGAAUUCCACUGCUUGGCCUGUCAGCCAUGCAUACGCGGGGCCGCCGCGCUGAACGCGGCUGGAAGGCCGGAUGCGGACCAUUCUCUGGUUGGAACUGCUGCGGCCACCGCUUGGCCCCACGGGUGGUGUGGUUGGUGCUGGCAGCUGCAACUUGCACAAUCUCCUUGAAUUUUGUCACAAGAUGGUCACCCUACCGGACCUGGUCGCUCAGGUCGCUCGCGCCCAGGCCAGGCAUUUCGCCGCGGGGAGCCCUAGCGGGCGCCCCCAGCCGCUGCUGGUGCCGCGGAAGGAGGGGCCACAGUGGUGGGAUGCCCGGAACUCUGCCAGCCCAGUGGUGAAGCCACCAAGCCAAGCAGGUGGUCCUUGGCGGAUGUGGUACUAUGGACGUGCAGGUGCCGAGUGGUCGAAGGGCCUCAAGGCCUUCCUCCCCACCGGCCGUAUCGGCUGCGCUGAGAGCGACGACGGCCUUAAGUGGCGCCGGCGAAAGGGGCCCUUAGAGGGUGGCGCCUGCUUGGACCCCUCAGAGGAGGGCUUCGAUUGCGUGCACGUUGGGGUGGGGGAUGUGGUGGAGCUGCCCAAUGGCACCCUUUGGAUGUACUACUUUGGAGGAGGCCUGGAUGGAUUGCCCAACGAAGGCAUUCGCAUGCAGAUUGGCUGCCUGGAAGCACCGGACCGGUGCCUGGCCACUUCGGACGAUGGCCUCACCUGGCACCGCGCGGGAGACGCGCUGCUGACGCCGAGCGGAGAGGACUUCGAUGCCCUCUUCGUGGCCUGGCCUCGCGUGCUACCGCCCUGGCAGACCCGCGAUGUGCUUGGCCUGUCUGGGAAGUGGUACAUGACCUACCACACCGCCCAGUUUGGCCCCGAAGGUUUGCGCUGGACUGCUGGCGCCGCAUUGAGUGAAGAUGGCCUGGUGUGGAGCAAGGUUGGCCCAAUUUUGGGCCCCAGUGGUGGUGGUUGGGAUGCCCUCGGCGUCGGUGUGCGACAUGUGCUGGUCAAGGACGGGGCGCUCACGAUGCUUUACGAGGCGGUGGAUGAGCAGGGCGACCACGCGGUGGGCCUUGCCGUGAGCUCCGACGGCCUCACCUGGCGACGCCAGGAGGUGCCGGGCCGCGCAGCCGGUGGCCCAGUGCUGCGGAAGGGCGAAGAUGGAGAUUGGGACAGCCGUGUGGUGGGGACACCCUAUGCCGUGGCUCCGGUGGGCGACGCGCCUUGGCGCCUCUACUAUGUGGGAGAGGCCAAAGGAAGCCCUGGGCUGCGCAUCGGAGUAGCGGAGUGCUACGAAGAUGAUCUACUGUGCUGGCGCAAGCGAGGAGCUGAAGCAAUGGACUUGCCAAAGGACGCCAGGGAGGGGCUUUACAAGCGUGUUUUUGAGGAUGCCCAGAAGUCCAAAGUGGCUGCCGCUCCAUCUUCUCCUCCACCUGCUUUAGAUUUAGAUUUGCCGGACUAAAGAAAGUGCACGAGCGCCUCUAAUGGCUACCGGAUGCUACGGGCCGGCAGGAAUAGUGUGCCUCCAUGUGAUCAGAUUUCAAUGAAGUCUCCGAAACAAGCAGGUCUUGCUCGAGGUAUUUGUGAUAACGACCUCUCUAUUUCGACCAUGUUCGACCUAUUUCGACCUACGCGAAUCGCUCAGGCAUUUGGGGUCUAGCAGUGCGAUUGCUCGACGAUAUCUGAGAGCUCUCAAGGGGAAAAGAAUGACUUGAUGUUACUUGUGACUCAUGCGUGAGCCAUCCCGCAGCCAAAC